UGAGCAUCCACUUCUCGUCGGAGAUCAUUGUCAAUCCGGAUUUUCUUGAGACCUGUAUCGUUUUGUAGAUCACAAAAUGAAAUCGUUUGUCUGUGUUCUAGCGUUGGCAUCAUCAUUGGUCGUGGCCAGCUGUGCCCCGUAUGUAAUUUUCCUUGAGGAAGCUCCAUUGAGAGUGGUUCGUUCGGCAGAUGUUGGAAUAGGAGGAGCAUCAGGAAGCGCAGCCAAUGCUGGUGCACAGUCAUUCAAUCAAGGAGGUGGCUUCCCAGGAUUUGGAGGACAUUUCGGAGGUCUUUCAGGAUCGGCUGCUAAUGCUGGUUCUCAAUCGUUUACCCAAGGCGGUGGAUUUCCGGGUGGUUUCGGUGGUGGCUUGAGUGGAAGUGCCGCCAAUGCCGGUAGUCAAACGUUUUCGCAAGGAGGUUUCGGUGGCGGACUGAGUGGUAGUGCUGCUAAUGCUGGAACGCAGUCAUUCACGCAAGGCGGUGGAUUCCCAGGUGGUUUCGGAGGAUUCUCAGGAUCAGCAGCUAAUGCAGCAUCACAGUCGUUCACCCAAGGAGGACUUGGUGGUGGCGCAAGUGGCAGUGCGGCAAAUGCUGGAACCCAAACAUUCUCAUCCGGCGGACUUGGUGGUGGAUUAUCUGGAAGUGCAGCCAACGCGGGCUCCCAAUCGUUCACGCAAGGAGGCGGUCUGCCGAUUGGAGUUCAUUGAGCAUUGAAUGGCACUGAGUGGAAGCUGCCCAAACUGGUUUUGUCGGAUAUUCAAUUGAAUGAUGUUGAACUGAUUUAAAAAUGGUAUUUUCUUCCAUUAUUAAAAUACGAAGGCUGAAAUGAUCUAAAUUCGAUUCUGAUCUAGCCUAUGUGUAUGCUUUGUUGAAAGUUGUAUAAUUGAACUAAUUGUGAUGAUAGCUUCAAUAAAGUGUAUGUUUGAUUGAGUUGAUAUUUAUGAAA